AUGGCUGACUACACGGAGGCCACCACCCCCAAGGCCGCCAACGCCACGGCGUUCGACGAGGCCAACAAGGCCGCCGCGCGCCUCAUCAAGCCCAAGACCAUCCUGUACACGAGCGCUCUGCUGUCGUGGAUGCAGCCGUUCCAGAGCGGUUGGUCGACCUCGCAGAUGAACCUGUCGCAGUACAACGACACGGACGAGUGCAAUGCGCGCCCCGUGGCCGAGGACACGUGCCUCAUGUUCUCGGGCCACUCGAAGCUGGAGUGGACGUUCGCCGUGAACGCAUGGAUCUUCGGCGCCAUGAUCGGCUCGCUGUGCUGCGGCCACUUCAGCGACAAGUACGGCCGCAAGAAGGCCCUCAUGGGCAACUGCAUCUUCAUGAUCGUGGGCGGCGUCGUGCAGGCGUCGGUGUCGAACAUUUGGUUGUUCGCUCUGGGCCGCCUCAUCGCCGGCCUCUCGUCGGGUACGGCCACGGCCACGAUCGGCGGCUACAUCAACGAGCUGUCGCCGCCGCACAUGCGCAACACGCUGGGCCUGGGCCUGCAGAUCUUCACGACGAUCGGUAUUUUGGUGCCGGCCAUUUGCUUCUUCUUCGCCAACACGAGCUCUGGCUGGCGCUACCUGGCUGCGUUCCCGGUCGUGCUGGCCGUGAUCUACCUGCUGCUGGCGCCGUCGAUGUGCGUGGAGAGCCCCGCGUGGCUGCUGACCAAGGGCCGCAAGGAGGAGGCCAAGCAGGUCAUCGCUCGUCUGUACGGCGAGGAGCACGUGCAGACGGCUCUGUCGUGGCUGGAGGUGAGCAAGGCCAGCGCCGAGGAGGGUCUGCUCGACUCUGCGCCCAAGAAGGAGUCGAUGUUCGCGCCGCGCUACCGCCUGCAGCUUCUGGGCGGCAUCAUGCUGUCGAUGGCGCAGCAGCUGUCGGGCAUCAACGCCGUGUUCUACUACUCGGGCAGCAUCUUCUCGGACGCCGGUAUCUCGGACUCGCGCGUGGGCACGCUCAUCAUCGACUUCAUCAACAUCUGGCCGGCCUUCUUCACGGGCGUGCUGGCCAACCGCUUUGGCGCGCGCAACAUGAUCCUGUGGGGCCUGUCGGGCAUGGUGGUCAUGUCCAUCGGUAUGACGGUGGCGUUCAUCGUGGACGUGUCUGCUCUGUCGAUCGUGUUCACUGCGCUGUACGUGAUCGUGUUCGGCGUGACGCUGGGUCCUCUGGUGUGGGUGAUGACGGCCGACAUUUUCCCGGACUCGAUCCGCGCCAGCGCGUCGUCGCUGUGCAUCGGCAUCAACUGGCUGUGCAACCUCAUCGUGGGCGUGUCGUACCCGUACGUGUCGGACGCUUUCAACGACUACGCGUACGUUCCGUUCGUGGUGCUGCUGGCGAUCUUCUACCUGCUGGCGCUGAAGCUGGUGCCGGAGACGUCGGGCAAGUCGGCCGAGGAGAUCCAGGCCGAGUACGACUCGCGUCGCGAGCAGUAGAGCGAGCGAGCGAGCGGCACGUGGGCAGUAGUUAGUGUGUCUCGUUAGCUUUCCUUCGUUCGAUCGUUCGGUGAGACCAUUGUCUUCGACCCCAUAGUUUCUUUCGGUGGUAAAAGCGAUGGUACGAAUAUACUAGUAAUUUGUUUUUAUG